AUGAGAUUGCAAGUUCUUCCCCUUCCCAUUUGGAGAUGAUUUCUUUGGCUUUUGGGUCGCUUAUUUUGAGCAAAAGUUUAUGUUUUUGGUCUCUCUAAGAUUAAUAGAAGCCAAAAUUCGGUAGCUAAGAAGCUAAGUUUAACAAAAAGUCGAUGAAAGGCAUUGGCUGCUCCCCCAGCUGAUGUAGAUGAAUGCUUGUGCGUCUUUUAUAGGCACUCAAUUCUAAUUGCAGGAGACAAAAAGGACAAAAUAUAUCAAUAUAAUAUUGAUCUGGAUAGCUAUUCAGAGAUAGAAGGUCUAGCUUGCAACCACUAUAAGCUAAUAAUGUUUGUAGCUGAACUGAGAGCUUAUGCGAUAGAAUUUGAAGGGAAUAUUAUUGAGAGCGGUAUAUUUGCAUAUAAUCAUUGUGCAAUAUAACAAUCUUUAUUUUAAAUAGGAAAAUUCAUCAUAGGAAAGCAUAUUGAAGAUGAAUACAAUUGAAGAAUUAUUGGAAAAUCUUUUCUAUCAGUCUAUUAUCAAGUUUUUUGAAUAG